AUGCCCCCAUGGGGAAGACCACCAGGGGGACGUCCGGGGAGGAAGAACCACAGGGGAUGGGGGGGCCAACAGUCGUGGGUUGAAGAGAUAGAAGAUUCUGAUGACGACGACGCUGGGCAAGGCGUUGAAUUAGAGCUGGCGGUCUCGCAGCGAAGACACGUUUCGGAUGAGCUUCAUUUCACCGGGGUGGAUCUGGGUUCUUCAAGAGUGCGGCGACGGAAAGCCAAUGCAUAUGACGAGGAUUCCGACUAUUCCGAAGAUGAUGAUGACGAUGGUCAAGCUCCAAACAUGCAAAUCAUGCUAAGGGAAAAGGAGGAUUUAUUGGUUGAACGAGCUCUGGAACGGAUUAGACGUGCCCGGAUGCUGGGUAAGACCAAUGUUAAGUUGAGCCAAGCAGAGGUUGAUGCUUUGGAACGAGCAGAACGGAUCCAGAAGCAACCAGAUCCUUCCAGAAAUGUCAAAGGUAAACAGGUCGCUACAACGCGACCUCGGGCGCAGGAGCGAAAACGCAGCAAAACUGACAAGCCGUCAACGAGCACUCCUCCAUUGAAGGCCAUAGAGCCAAAACGGAAGGCCAAAAGCUCGUCUCAGGAAGAGCCUCGACCUUCUUACCCUGCCAUCCCCGGUCCCGAUUAUGGCCAAAGCAGUGGUGCCAUGGUCUACGCUCCCCCUGGAUACUACACUGGAACUGCGCAGCGGCCAAGAAGCUCUAGCUCUAAAUCUAGAUCUCGAACUGCAUCAUCUCAAUCACUUCGUCAACCACAACAGCAGACUCCAUCCAUCCCUCAGUACCAGCAUCCCUACCAUGCUGGGCGGUAUUUUUCGAACCCUGAUACAGCCUACGCCGGCCUGCCUCCAUCGAACCCAUCCCUUCGCUCUGAUCCGUCAAAUCCUAACUGGGAACCCAGAGCACGCUCUGCUUCGAACCUCGUUCCUUAUCCAGUCGACCAACCACCUUAUCCUUUGUAUCAACCUCCACCGCCUCAAUUCGAUCCACGAGAUCCUCGAUUUGCUGUACCCCCGGGCCCACGAAUUGCCUCAGGUCCUCCAGAUAUGUAUCCAGUCCCACAGAUACCCGGUUAUCGCCAUCCUCAAGAUGAAAUGUUUCUGUACAGUCCUAACACGCUAGUUCACGAAACGAUGACUGGAGAGAAUGACGAGGAGGAGGAGGACGAUGAUGAUCAAGGAGUAGAGAUAGAUGUGGUAGAGCGAUCGGGCGGGUCUUAUGGGAUUCAAACAAGAAGCAGCGCUGCAGCUGCCGCAGGUAAUAGAGGCCGAGGUGGAGGUAUUGUUGCUAAGAGGGGCAAAAGAGGGAAGUGA